UUUACAGUUUUACCCUCCGUAUUUUUCACUUCAGCAGUCUUCUCACCCAAAAACUUUGCUCCUCCUUCCUUCGCAACGCGUAAUGGCGAGAGGUUCUUCACAGUCCCAAGCCUCCACCACGUCCUCUGGGAGGUCUGGCGUCAUGGCGCCGCGAGGAUCGGCAGCAGCCACAGCCGGUAUGCGCCGUCGCAGGCUCACUGGAGGUACUGUCUCGUCAGGCUCUGGCGCCGUCGGGUCCGGCACCAGCAGCAAUAUGCUGCGCUUCUACACUGACGAUGCCCCUGGCUUGAAGAUCUCUCCCACCGUUGUCCUUGUCAUGAGUCUCUGCUUCAUCGGCUUUGUCACCGGUCUCCAUGUCUUCGGCAAGCUCUAUCGCUCCAAAUCCGAGGCUGGAUCAUGAUUCCAUCGCCCGAAGACCGGUCCUCUUUUAGAUCUCCCAUCGGUUCGUCAAUCGCUAACCGAAUGUCGCGUUCCUUUUUUCUUUUGUGUAAUGUUUUUGUUUUAGCUCUGUAAAUGAUGGCAGGAUUGCAGUCUCAAGGUUUUGUUUAUGAAUUUUUCUCCAGUUCUUGUAUGUUUUUACUCUUCAAAAUAGACAGUUGAGGUUUUCGAUUUCCGCAAUUUUCUUCUAAUGGUUACAGGUUUAGAUCCUUUGGCUUCUGUAUGGAUUAGGAUUUUGUUGUUGAAUUGAUUCUUGUUUGAAAUUUUUGCAGACCAUCAUUUUCUCAUGAGCUGUUUAUCAUUUCCAUUUUAUGACUCCAUGAGCUCCAAUUUCUUGAUUGAGCUCGCAGAAUGUCUAGUCUUCUUUCUUUUUUUAUUAUAGCAAAUUUACAGCAUAAAAUUACAGAAUACUUGAUUCAUCCCUAAGUUCCUUAUCCGCAAUGUUAGUAGUUAGUUAAUUUUAUUGUUAUUCCUUUCAUUGGAGACCAAAUUUGGUAAUAAUAGCUUUAUAGCUGUGAAUUUUGGGCCUUUUGAGUAAGAUGUUUGUUUCAUUCUUUUCUGUGUUAGUUUGCAUGUAGUUGUGUCGUGGAAGGCUUCUUUGUUUCAAUUAAUCAUCCUGUUAUCU